AUUCAGGGAGAGGAACCCAUGGCUCACAGACGCAGAACAUCCGCGUUAUCCUUACCAAAGAAAAACAAGCGCUGGCAAAACAUAGACCCUUAAAUAAUGUACGGAAUGACUACACAUAGGCUGGUUCAGACUUUUUUUUGUCAUUUUUUUCUCUGGACAGGAAACAAUAUAGAAGUAGGGCAAAGGGUGCCUAUAUUUUGUGAAUCAAGACUUCGCCAGAGUUGUACAUUUGUGUGAAGAAAAGGUGGAGAGAGAAAGCGCGCGGCUCCAUACUCGAUCAACUUGUAGCAUGAUCUCGCAUCACAAGCUCCGGAUCACAGCAAAGCAAAACUAAGGCACAAACUUUAUUUCAUAAGAGGAAUAGAAGUUGGCAUACUUCACUUUGUGCUUUUUAUUUUUGAAGUGCUGAAACAAAAGCACUGUUUUAUUCUCAGGAACAGUGAAUCGUUUUGGAAUCUCACCCAAUCAGCACUGAAGUCUUGGACGGAGGCAAAACUCUCCUAUGGCAAACGACACCGAGAAAGACCCAUGCCACAGCAACCUGCACAUCGACAAUGGGAACCCGCGCAUCAGCGCGAUAAUGUUCUCUGCCGGAGUGAUAGGGAACUUAGCCGCUUUGAUCCUUCUGGAGAUCCGUCGCAGGAAGGACAAGAGCCGGCAGCGACUGUCGCUCUUCCACGUCCUGGUCACCACGCUGGUCGUCACUGACUUGAUGGGCACCUGUCUGGUCAGUCCUUUCGUCCUGGCAGCCUACUCCUUUAACACCACCAUUAUUUCUAUGAUUGACAGUAACCCUCCCGCAAUGUGUGAGUAUUUUGGAUUCUGUAUGACUUUUUUCAGCUUGGCCACGUUAUCUGUCCUCUUCGCAAUGGCGCUUGAGCGAUGCCUCUCCAUUGGAUGUCCAUACUUCUACGGGCGGCACGUCACCAAACGUUGUGGAUACAUCACCAUUCCAUUCAUUUAUUUAGUUUGCGGGGUGUUUUGCCUCAUGCCCUUUUUGGGUUUUGGGGACUACGUGCAAUAUUGCCCGGGGACGUGGUGCUUCAUUGACAUGAAUCCGUUAAUGCCGGAAGACCGAGUUUAUCCAGUCCUUUACGCAACCGUUAUGCUCAUCCUAGUCCUCGCUAUAGCGGCUUGUAACGCCUUUGUCGUAUACCACCUGGUUUUGAUGUACCGGAGGCGCAAACUAAACGGGGGAUCCGUGACAACUCGAAGUAAGAAGGACCGAAGAGUCCUCUCCAUGGCCGAAGAGGUCGAACAUCUUAUAGUACUGGUGUUCAUGACGGUGAUAUUCGUGAUUUGCUCCCUUCCUCUGGUGAUCCGUGUUUAUAUCAACUCCACGGGGCAGAGGAAGGAGAGCCACAAGAUGGACCUCAUCGCCCUCCUCUUUCUCUCAACCAACUCCAUCGUGGACCCCUGGGUGUUCAUCUUCCUCAGCCCAUCAGUGCUGCGCUUCUUCUGGGGAGCUCUGUGCAAGACGCCCCUCCUGCGGUCCAGGGAGUCUUUCUUCAAGUCCUCCCUGGGGAAGCAGACGCACGCCCAGCUGGAGCUGUGCCAUCCCAGUGCUGUCUCCGAGUUCACCCCUCCGAUGUCCACGCAUAUGGUUUGACCCUUUGAUGUACUGGACCUAAUUGGGGCCUUGUAUGUUGUCUCUGAAGGGAGAAGCCACUCAGAAUAGUGCCACUGCCCAAAUGUGCUGCCUGCCUAGUGGUUUGAUUAUAUUGCAGGGAUGUGGGGUGUGUGUGUAGCUACUUAGGGGCAACUUCUGGACAAGCGGAGCGGCAACCUACACAUUCCUGCAAACGUAGGCUGCUGCUUGCUUGUUUUGGAACAAGCUCUGAGGCUCAUUUGGGAUACCUCCGGAGGCCAGCAACAGACAUUUGACGGGCAGUUAGACUCCAACUCUGAGGAGAAUGGAGUUGCAGUACAGGGUCACGUUCUUAAAAGUACUACCCAUUAUUUGUUUUUACAGCCUGGACUCUCAGAUCAGAGGCCACUACAAGGACAGCAAACCAGGAUUCACAUCACUGAAGGAACUAAAUCAGAUAAGGACUGUUUAUUCUAUGUGAGUUGAUCAUGCUCCAGAUGCAUGCAUUGUUGCCACCGUGCCCUGUUACCACACCCUGGGACUCCCAGGGAAGUUUACAUUAAUUCUUUCUAUUGAGAUGUUCCUUCAGCCAUCAAAUGGAAUCCUUGUGGUUUUGGGAAUUGUUAUCAGAAAAGUCAGAGUCAUGCAUGUAAUCCAAGCAAGAUUCACACACUCCAAACCUAUGUUCAAAUACUAUUUAGGGUAUUUCAAAUACAUUUGCAUGUAAGCAUUUGGUAAUUUUAUUGCGAAAACACAAGUAGUUUAAUAUUGGAAUGUAUUUGGAAAUAACCUUGGAAAGUAUUGCAUGUAUUUUGUAAAUGCAUAUUUAAAUACUACCAUGCAUUUCAACCAGGUCUGUUUGGUAUUUGAAAUAAUGUAGUUGGAAAUACUUUCAAAAUGUAGGCUAUUUAUAGUAGAAGUAGUUGAUUCGGGACACAUAAAAAUAUGAGUACGGUAUUUAUACUGUAUUUGAGUAAAAAGUACUAAAAUACAGUACACAGAAAAUAACAAAUAAUCAAAUACAUGUAUUUGAGCCCAGGUCUGACACACACAUACACUGUCCCCUCUCCCUGCAGCUAUGACCCGUUGACCUUUCCCCUGUCACGCCACUCACCUCAAACGGUCAAAGGUAAUAGCUCGAGAGUGACAUUUCUUUUUGUAACAUUACAUUUUUUAUCAAACAAAUUAAUGUGGUUAUGUUAUGAGAAUUGUGCUAUGAGAAGAGGUUUUGUCUUGUACACUUAUGAGGUACCUCAGUGUUUUAUUUUAUUUCAUCUUUAUUUAACCAGGUAGGCCAGUUGAAAGGACAGCUUGAGUAUUUAUUAUGUGUCCCAGCCCUCAGAUCUCAUUGAUGUGUUAGUGUACCUGGUGACAAGGUACUCAUGAAUGUUCAGUGCGCAGUUGUAAAUGUGUCGUUCGUGUGUGUGUGUCAGUAAACCUAAUGUGUUGGUAAUGUGUUGGGAAACAUUUCAAAUGUCAACAAGACAAUAUGCCAGACAAUGUGUGAUUUUUUUGUGUCGGUAACAUUUAUUAUGCAUGAAAUGGCGGUGGAAACGCUUUUUUCAUUUCCAAUACAUAUCGAGGGUCUUAUUCUGGUGACAUGAUGAUUCAUGCUUGGCUGUCGUUUGACAAAUAAAAAUAAUCUUGCUAUUUUGUCCAUAAUAAUGUCCGAAUUUAGGCUAUAGCCGCACUGCAUCUGCGAAUACGAGCUAUUAGCUAGUGCGUGCCAAGACCAGAGUGGACACAUUUGCUAUAAAAUGCAACUUUUUUGUGACAAGACCAUCAGUAGAGUUGAAAAUGUGAUGGAAACCCAUUUAACCUUUUAUUCGGGACAUGGGAAUACACACACUGUUUUAUCUGCAACAAGUCAAUUUGAUGGAAACAACUCUCUGGUGGGAAAAUGCGCAUGUUGUUUUCAUAUGGAUUUUAGAAUAUUUGCAUGAAAAUCUGUCGCCAAUUGGAUGGAAACCUAGCUAAUGUCAAAGAGAUGGCACUGAAAAAAACACAACAGCAAGAAAUCCUACCUCUAAAGUUGAAGUCGGAAUUUUACAUACACUUUAGCCAAAUACAUAUAAACUCCGUUUUUCACAAUACAUGACAUUUAAUCCUAGUAAACAUGCCCUGUCUUAGGUCAGUUAGGAUCACCACUUUAUUUUAAGAAUGUGAAAUGUCAGAAUGAUUUAUUUCAGCUUUCAUUUCUUUCAACACAUUCUAAGUGGGUCAGAAGUUUACAUACACUGUACUCAAUUAGUAUUUGGUAGCAUUGUCUUUAAAUUGUUUAACUUGGGUCAAAUGUUUCGGGUAGCCUUCCACAAGCUUCCCACAAUAUGUUGGGGGAAUUUUUGGCCCAUUCCUCCUGACAGAGAUUGUGUAACUGAAUCAGGUUUAUAGGCCUCCUUGCUCACACACGCUUUUUCAGUUCUGCCCACAAAUGUUCGAUAGGGUUGAGGUCAGGGCUUUUUGAUGGCAACUCCAAUACCUUGACGUUGUUGUCCUUAAGCCAUUUUGCCACAACUUUGAAAGUGUGCUUGGGGUCAUUGUCCAUUUGGAAGACCCAUUUGCGACCAACCUAUAACUGAUGUCUACAGAUGUUGCUUCAAUAUAACCACAAUUUUAAUACCUCAUGAUGCCAUCUAUUUUGUGAAGUGCACCAGUCCCUCCUGCAGCAAAGCACCCCCACAACAUGAUGCUGCCACCCCCGUGCUUCACGGUUAGGAUGGUGUUCUUCGGCUUGCAAGCCUCCCCCUUUUUCCUCCGGUCAUUAUGGCCAAACAGUUCUAUUUUUGUUCCAUUGGACCAGAGGAAAUUUCUCCAAAAAGUACAGUCUUUGUCCCCAUGUGCAGUUGCAAACCAUAGUCUGGCUUUUUUUAUGGCGGUCUUGGCGCAGUGGCUUCUUCCUUGCUGAGUGGCCUUUCAGGUUAUGUUGAUAUAGGACUCGUUUUACUGUGGAUAUAGAUACUUUUGUACCUGUUUCCUCCAGCAUCUUCACAAGGUCCUUUGCUGUACGUUCAUCUCUAGGAGACAGAACGCUUCUCCUUCCUGAGCUGUAUGACGGCUGCGUGGUCCCAUGGUGUUUAUACUUGCGUACUAUUGUUUGUACAGAUGAAUGUGGUACCUUCAGGCAUUUGGAAAUUGCUCCCAAAAAUGAACCUGACUUGGAGGUCAACAAUUUGAUUUUCCCAUGAUGUCAAGCAAAGAGGCACUGAGUCUGAAGGUAGGCCUUGAAAUACAUCCACAGGUACACCUCCAAUUGACAUCAAUUAGCCCAUCAGAAGCUUCUAAAGCUAUGACAGUCAACUUAGUGUAUGUAAACUUCUGACCCACUGGAAUUGUGAUACAAUGAAUUAUAAGUGAAAUAAUCUGUCUGUAAACAAUUGUUGUAAAAAUUACUUGUGUCAUGCGCAAAGUAGAUGUCCUAACCGACUUGCCAAAACCAUAGUUUCUUAACAAGAAAUUUGUGGAGUGGUUGAAAAAUGAGUUUAUGACUCCAACCUAAGUGUAUGUAAACUUCCAACUUCAACUGUACCUCUAUACCUGUUGUUAAUGUUUAUUUAUUUAACCCUUAUUUUAGCAGAUAAAUUGGGAUUCCUUGGUAAAUUGACUGAGAAUAAAUUCUCAUUUACAUGUCAGACCCUGUGGAAGAUCCUGAUUGCACUGAGCUUUUAAACUUUGUCAGGCAUGUGUAAUUAUGUACAUGUGUAUGCCUGUGUGCGUGUGUGUGGAUAUGUGUGUGUUAACGCUUCUGUUAGUAUGCACCUGGCGCAUCCAUCUAGCCCUUUAUUGAUCAAACCUGUUCUGGAGCCCCGCUUCCUGUCAUAUUUCCACGUCGUGGAUGACAUCCAGAUGUGUAUGUUAACAAAGUUAGACUCCCAACCAGCCCUUUAAAAAAAAUAUGACUCUCUCAUUAUCAAAACAAACAGGGAUUUGACUAGCUCCAGCAAUAUAACUUACACAAGCAAAUCAGACACUCAAGUUGCAUUUGGGAGAGCAUAUUGAAUCAACAAUAUGCAGACCCUUUAAAUUGAUCACUAGUCACAAAUACUAACGAAAUAAACACAAUUAUAUAGCAUUAAUUACAUUGGAGAUGGCUCCACAGGAACAGGCAUGCGAUUUUGAUUACAAACGUGAUUAAUUCUGUUUACUCUUGCGAUUGAUUUAAUGAAGGUGGUUAGUCAGAGGGAAAUUACUUUGUUGAAACAUAUCGUGUCUCGUGUCAGUCCUGGGUUGUGUUGAUUAGGCACCAAAUAUAAGAAAACCAACUGAAACAGGGAGGGGCAACAUGAACAUGAACUUUUCUCAAUUUCAUUUUUUGUUGCAAAACGUUUUCCAUUGCAUGCCCUAAUGAACAUCACCCAAAUACGUUUUCUAGGCUUUAAGGUUGGCGAUGCCGUAGCUAAAGUCUGGGCUGGUAAGAUGGCCUAAGGCCCCCUGCCUUGUGGUGGGAGGAUGUUUGGUUUCAUAUAAUCAAGUUCCUGUAAAGAAGCGUGGGAGUACAGAGGCACAAACCUCCUCUCUGGUCAAAAGUAGUGCAAUAUAUAGAGAAUAGGGUGCCAUUUGAGACACAGCCUUCCUCUCUCAAGGCUAAUACACAGCCAUGCCUAUGAUAUUAGUACAAAUGCCAAUUUAGAUCAAUUAUGUAGUUCAAUGUUGAUUUUUAAGGCAUCAAAAAAUAACUGAAGUUUUAUGAUUGCUAUUAACAUUGCCCAUGUGGAGUUCAAUCACAAGCCAGUUAUCUACACUAUUUUAUUUCUCUGUCACCCACUCUCUCUUAGUCCCUCUCCCUCCUUUUUUUCUCUCACUACCUUGUUCAUUCUCCCCUCACCUUAGACUUCUUGGUCACAUUUCAAAAGGCCUCCUCCUUGUCCCUCACCUGAACAUACAAACAGAAACACACACACACACAGCGGGUUAAUUUGAGGGAAUGUGAUUAAGUCACGGGCUCUGACAAGAGACAGAGAAUGCCAGACACCCAUUGGAGAGAAACGUGUUUAUCAACAACGGCAAUGCCUUGUGUGCCAAACUGACCUGCGUCGCCAAGAACUGACAUCCUCCCAGACGUGAUUGUUCCAUUCCACUCACUUACCUGUCUGGUUCCAUUUGGGUUUAGCUGACUAGUACAUUUUGCACAUUUGAAAUGUACACGUGUUUGGCUUGACGUAAACCCAACAUGACACAUUCCAGGCACUUGUACCUACGUACCAUUGGGGUCUAUGACUAUUUCAAGCAAGGCAGCUUUGAACAUUUGUCUUGUCGCUUGCAGCAGGUACUAUAUGCUACCUAUUGUGUCUCAAUUGCUGGUUCUUGUGAAUUUUCUGUCAAAAUUAACAAUGUUUUAGUAACGUGUUGUAAUAAAGCUGGUACCACUAAA